GUGCCGCCGUCCGCCGCCGUCUCUGAUAAAAGCAUGCCAGAUGUGCCGCCCUCCCCCGCCAUCUUGGAUAAGAGUAUGGCAGACUACGUGCCGCCCUCCUCCUCCUCAUCCGCCGCCGUCGUGAAACCACCUUUCGACGACAUAGUGAACCAAAUGAUGCCGAUGCUAGCCGACUUAUUGAAGAAGGGUUUCGGCGUCGACCCCACUCACUCCAUUGACCUCGAUAUUUUUCAACGGAAGGUGGAGAAGGCAUUCCUAGAGGAGCUCCAGGAUCAAAAGCUGAAGGCGCCGGUGGUCUUGCCUGACACCAUGAGUUGUGAUCCCAUAUCCGGCGGCGGUUCCAACGAUUCCAUCACCGCUGCUGAAGAUGGCGGUGAUCUCGUUCCUGGUGUUGAUUCCGUCGAGAAUGUUGGAGGUGGCGUUGCCAGGGUUCUGGCCAUUGGUGCUCAGGUCGUCGAUCCCGCUGCUGUUGUUGAUGGUGGUCUCGUUCCUGUUGUUGAUCCCGUCGAGAAUGUCGCAGGUGGCGUUGCCGGGGCUCUGGCCGGUGGUGCUCAGGUCGGUGGCGGCGGCGGCGGUGCUCCGCCCGGGAGAGGUGCUGCUGCCGGUAAGCGUACGCUUGAGGAUGCCGGUGGAGGUCCGGAUGGUGGUGCAACCAAGAAGCUCAAAUUAACACUGAUGUAAUGCUUUUGUUAUCUCUCUGAUUUCAUCUCCCGCUACUUCUCCUAUCUUUCACAUUUCGUACUCCGUUUAAUUUGGUCUUUCAUUCCAUGAUGAUGAUGCUAGCUAGACCCCCU